CCGGUUUCUGCAGAGUCGCACAUUUAAUCUACCGGCACUGGGACCACGCGGAAGACUGUCUGCUCGUUUAAAUUGGCUUCCUGCAGUUGGUGCAUCGUCGCUCAUUCGCUGGACAGCUAACAGACGAGUAGCAACAGUAGCAUCCAUUUCGGUGUCAAAACGCCCCAAAACGACUUCAUUUGCGUACAUUCUUCUCGUCGUCAUCAUUAUGCAGGUGACCUAACGCCAGCCGAGCAUGUCCAAGCGACCGGGUACCAACGACGGGCUGCUGACUUCACCGAGCGUUGCCCGUGACUUCGCCGCCACCUUGAACUCCUCCGCCGGCUGCGACGUCAACAUGGACGCGGCGGGCUCCGAGGAGCCGGAGCCCGAAGUGGAGAAAAUGGACGUGUCCCUGGCCGAAAUCCUCUCGCUCUACAGCCAGCCCAUCAACGAGGAGCAAGCAUGGGCGGUGUGUUACCAGUGCUGCCGAACGCUGGCGGCGGGGCGGCCCCGGCGGAAGGACUCGAAGAGCUCCGGUGGUGCUGGGGACUCCCCGCGGAGGAUCGAGGGACCCGGGGAUGUGAGAAUUAGCCGGGACGGCACCGUCACGCUGCGCUCUGAGCGCCCCUCAGAUAAAUACGGAUCAGCGCCGUCGUCGCUGGAGGUAAUCGACUCGUUAGGCGUGAUGAUCUACAAGGCCCUGGACUAUGGCCUGAAGGAGAAUGAGGAGCGUGAGCUGAGCCCACCGCUGGAGCGCCUCAUCGACCUGAUGACCAAUGUGCAGGGGGCGGAGAGCGAUGACGCCUGCCCCGAUGAGGGCUACGAGGCUACAGAGGAGGAGGAAGAAGAAGAGGAGCAGCAGCAGCUGUCUGUCUCGACUUCGGGCGGCAGCGUCAGCCAAAUACGAAGCUACCGCGACAUGAUCUCGGUGUGUUCCUCCCACCUCCCGAGCCCUUCAGACGCCCCGGACCACUACCAAGCCGUGUGCCGCGCCCUCUAUGCCGAGUCCAGGGAACUGCACACUUUCCUGGAGAAGAUCAAGAGCGCCAAGGAGAAUCUGCGCAAAAUGGAAGGCGAAACCCUUCAACAACCUGUUCGAGACUUGGAUGAGCUACAAAAUGCAGAUUGGGCACGGUUUUGGGUCCAGGUGAUGCGAGACCUGCGCCACGGCGUGAAGCUAAAGAAGGUGCAAGAGCGUCAAUACAACCCGCUGCCCAUCGAGUACCAGCUGACGCCCUAUGAGAUGCUCAUGGACGACAUCCGCUCGAAGCGCUACAAGCUUCGCAAAGUCAUGGUAAGCAAUUGAUGCUAGCUUUAUAGC